CAGCUUUGCUGUUCCCUGUGCAUCUUUUAAAAAUGCCUGUCAUUUUCUUUAUUUUGAUCGUGAGCCUCAAUUCUGUGAUGCUUGUUCAGCUGAAAAUAAUUUCAGAUUAUGCUGGAGCAAAGCAGCAAUGCAGUGUGAAUUGUUAAGCAAAGGUAGUGAAGCAAGAAUGAAUGAAAAUAAAUUACUGAAAUUUGAAGAAAUUUCUAGUAUUAUUACAAACAAAUAUGAUUUUGAUGCCUUUAAAAAAGCACUGAACAUUGACGACAGUAAAUUAUUGAUUAGUCGAAAAGAUGAUGACAGCAGGAAGAAAGCAAUGAUGUGGAUGCUCCUAUUGUGGGAAGGACAAACAGAAAAUCCCACUAAGUAUUCUCUGAUAAGCACACUAAGGGAAAAUGGGUAUGAAAGUAUUGCUGUAAAAAUUGAAAGUCUCGAUUCUCAGAAAAAUGAUCAAGAAAUUGUAGAUAAAGAGAAAUAUUUAUGUGAGCAGAAUCAAUUUAGCAAUGAAACAGAUAAAGUGAAGGAGCUUAAAGGUAUCAUUGAGUCAUUACGUCAUGACAACCAAUCACUUCAGGAAGCACUACGUGAGACUAAAUCACUGUCAGUCUCUACUGCUGCUGCUCUUAUGGAAAAAGAUGAAAUAAUACAAAAACUUGAAGCACAACUGCAGGAAACUGAGAAGCAGUUAGUGCCAGUCACUAAAAUUCCAGUGUAUGGAGCUGAAGUCAUUGAACUGGAGUAUCAGGAUAUUAAAGAGGAACAGAUUUAUUUAGGUCAGGCUUAACAUGCAUUUUUCUAAUGCAU